AUGAAAUUUUCCUUAAAAUUAGACGAAAAUAAUGCUAAAAAACCUGAAUUUAUUGCGUCUUCACCGGAUAUAUUAAGAAAUAACUUUGAUAGUCUUUCUUUAAUUGAUGAUUUUAAAAAAAAACCUAUAAUUUUGUUAAAUCAAGGAAAGAUUAAUGAAGUAAAGUCACCCAAUCAAGAGGAAAUUGGCAAUUUAACGUUAUUGGAAAAUCAUAGGAAUAUUGACCGUAUUUUUCGUGAUUUAGAUGAAAAAUUACUUUGUAUAGAUACUUUAUCUAAUUUUCAAAAUUCAGGAGAACAUCGGGCUGAGAAAGAAGUUCCUUGUAAUUCUGAAGUUACUUCAACUAAAAUAUGUGAAUACAUUUGUAAUGAUUAUUUUGCACUUUCAAAAACGUCUCAAUCGUCUAGUAUAAAGAAGGAUUUUAAAAGAUCAAAAUCAAGUUCUCCAAGAAAACCUCUUAAACUAAAAGAAAAUAUGAAUCAGCAUAAUCUUUUUAAUAUUUCGAGGGGGGUUGAAAGCAUGAAGAAUACUAUUUCUGAUGGAAUCUCUGAUAUUAAAGCAUCCUCUCCAAAGAAAGUAUAUACUGAACGUGAAACUUCCCCAAAAAAACCAUGGACACCACAAAGAAUUAUUUUGAAACAAGAAAACGAGUCUCUUAAAAAAUAUAUUAGUGAAUUGAAAGAAAAGCUUGAAGAAAGUGAAAAAAAUGAUGAAAAUGAUACCAAUUAUGAUGUAAAUGAUAAUACUGUUAAAAGACUAAGAGAACUUGUAGAUUUUGUUCAAACGGAAUUAACUAUUUAUCUAGAAGCUAAAAAUUUAGAAUUAGAUAAAUUGCAAAAGGAGUUUGAGAAUAUGAAAUCUGAAAAUGAGAAAUUAAAAGAACGGAACUUGGAUUUAUUAAGAAUGUGGGAAUUAGAAAAGGAGCGUGUUAAAAGAAGAGAGAAGCAGUUGGGUAUGGAACAAAUGAAAAAUAAACAGAUCAUUGCUCAAAUGGGUAUGUUAGAGGAAGCAAUAAUGACUAAGGAAACUUUAAGUGCCUGA